GGUCCCGGAGAGUUGAUUCCUUCUCAUAUCAGAAGGUUGUUUAGGAGUAGAUGUGACCCUCCUCCUUUUCAGCAUCAGCAAAAAGAAAAUCUUCCUCCACUCAACUUCUUCAACCUCACAUCUCAGGACGAGGGAUUCACUUUUUAAAUAAGAAGCCAACAAUGUCCCACCAAGACUCCUCGGCUCCCACCGGUAGCCUGGCCAGCCAGGGCACCACUAACGCCGGUUACAGCUCCAGCACGGUGCCAAUGAUCGCCCAAAGAGAUUCCAGGGAUAGUUGGAGCAAAAAGAUGGAUUUUCUCUUAUCUGUAAUUGGUUUUGCUGUGGAUCUAGGCAAUGUCUGGAGGUUCCCUUAUAUCUGUUACCAAAACGGAGGCGGUGCUUUCCUCAUCCCCUACACCCUGAUGGCUGUCUUCGGAGGGGUCCCCCUCUUCUACAUGGAGCUCGCAUUGGGGCAGUUUCACAGGACUGGAGCCAUCUCCAUCUGGAAACACAUCUGCCCCAUUUUUAAAGGGAUCGGAUUUGCUAUCUGCAUCAUCUCUUUGUACGUGUCCUUCUAUUACAACACCAUCAUCGCCUGGGCACUCUAUUACUUCUACUCAUCCUUCACCAGCACGCUGCCCUGGACCAGCUGCGACAACGUCUGGAACACGCCCAACUGCACCAACUACUUCGGCACCAACAACGUUUCCUGGGAUAACUACUCCCAUUCCCCUGCCGAGGAGUUUUAUACGAGGAAUGUGCUGGAGAUCCACAAGUCAUCGGGGCUGCGCGGAGUGGGGGGCCUGCGCUGGCAGCUCGUGCUCUGUCUCUUCCUCAUCUUCACCAUCGUCUACUUCAGCCUGUGGAAGGGAGUCAAGACGUCAGGGAAGGUGGUGUGGGUGACAGCGACCCUGCCCUACGUGGUGCUUUUCAUCCUGCUGAUUCGUGGAGCCACCCUGCCUGGCGCUUGGAGGGGCGUCGUCUUCUACCUCAAACCCAAAUGGGAGAAGCUGCUCGAGACCAGGGUGUGGGUGGAUGCAGCAGCCCAGAUUUUCUUCUCUUUGGGACCCGGGUUCGGAGUGCUCCUUGCCUUGGCGAGCUAUAACCCCUUCACUAACAACUGCUACCGAGAUGCCAUCGUGACCAGUCUGGUAAACUGCAUGACCAGUUUCCUCUCAGGCUUUGUGAUCUUCACGGUGUUGGGGUACAUGGCAGAAAUGAGGAACGUGGAAGUAGAGGACGUGGCAAAAGACAAAGGUCCCAGCCUCCUGUUCAUCACCUACCCUGAGGCCAUUGCUAACAUGGUGGGCUCCACGUUUUUUGCCAUCAUAUUCUUCAUGAUGGUGAUCGCUCUCGGACUAGACAGUACGUUUGGCGGUCUGGAGGCUAUCAUCACGGCUGUGAUGGAUGAGUAUCCUCAGUACCUGUUCAAGCGGAGGGAGCUGUUCGUGCUGGGGCUGGUGAUCGUGUGCUUCAUGGGCUCGCUCAGCACCCUUACCCAUGGGGGUGCCUAUGUAGUUCAGCUGCUUGAGACGUUUGGAGCGGGCUGUUCAAUCAUUGCAGUGGUUUUCUUAGAAGCCAUCGCUGUGUCGUGGUUCUACGGUAUCCAGCGGUUCAGUAAUGAUGUCAAAGCCAUGCUGGGCUUUGCUCCAGGAAUCUUCUGGAAAGUGUGUUGGGUUGCUAUCAGCCCUGCCUUCUUAGCAUAUAUAAUAGUGAGCUCCCUGUUGGAUCGGCACCCCCUCAUACUCUUUGACUACAAGUAUCCUGACUGGAGCAUCACAGUGGGGUUCAUCGUUGGGGCUUCUUCCUUCAUCUGGAUCCCAGUUUACAUGGUCUACAAGCUGGUGUGGACCCCCGGCUCACUCAAGCAGCGUUUGGCGGUGUGUAUGCGUCCAGAGAGGACAAUGCGAGAGCCGCACACUGAUUCGCUCAGCAUGACUCCCGUCCCCUAAGCCAGCCAGGAGCCCAGAACCGAAGGGUGGAUGCCUACACCCGUGCGGGAAGCUGCAGCUCCAGCGAUUAAGCAAAGAGAAACAUUUUUUUUUUAAAAAGACACUUUACAAAGAAACUCCAGCCGAGUCCAUCAUUUUACCAACAGAAGUGCGAUGACAGUGACUGCAGCCUUCUCGAGAGCUCGGCCUCAGAGACCUUGAGGAGCUGAAUGAAGACAGAGAGUCUGACCAAGAAACAAAACCCCCUCUACAAACAGAAACAAAACAAAGAUAGGCCAUUUGCACUGGCUUCUGCUGUGCCAAAGUCCUGAACUGAAGUGUUUAAGUGUAUAUAUAUAUAAAAUUGUGCCAGUGUUUAUACUUAGGAAUGCUGUGUCUAGAUUACGGUAGUAUCCACUAUCAUGCAUUGUUUAUCUUUCAAGCUUGCGAAAAUCUGCUGCCAAACAUUCCCUGCAAUGCUGAUAACUGGGGCCGGGAUUUUUGGCCAAAUAUGUAUAUAAUAUUUUAAAAUAUAACGUAUUGAAAUACAGUUAUCAUUGCCAUCUUUUAAACAGAUAAGAAGGUGAUGGAAAUUCAGAAAUCCUUUGCAAGAGAUUUAGCUAAAACACUUGCAAACAUAGCUGUAGCCUGCUCACAGGCCUCUGCUAUCUUCCUCAAACAAUCCAUGGGGGAGGGGAAAUCAGUUAUAUUGUCAUUGUUAUUACAUGUAAUUGCAUUAUGUUCAAGGGAAGUCAGCAGUAUACUAUAUAUAUCUUUCAUUCUUUAUAAAUAAGGCACGCUUCUUUUGCCCACUUGUCCAUUAUGGAGAGAGUAUAUAUGCCUCAAAUAUUAUACAGUGUGAUAUUUAUUUGAUAUGUGUUAGAUACUUAUGCAUAGAUUGUUAUACAGUUCCCUUUCAUAUGAGGAGAAAUAUAUUCCAUAUACUGUAAGUGUUCUACGUUCUAAACAAAACUUAGCAGCACCACUGGCGUACACAGCAUUAGUAGCAAUGGCACUAUCAACCUAAUAAUGACAGCCCAUAGCAAUCCAGUAUAUGUCUGCACACUGGCACUGAUGUAGCACCAGUAAUGUCAUGGAUUAGAAGGGUGUCUUGGUUCACGCCACUGCAAUAAUAAUUGUAUGACUCCAAGCUACCAUAUUUCCUUUGUCUAGAAUAACUGCAUUUCUAUUGAUAAUUAUUUUGUAUUUAAAUGCGUCUGUCAGUAACAUUCCUGUAGUUUCAUCCGUGCUUUAUGAAAAAGGUUGUUAAGGUCGGACCAUAACUUCUCUGAACGUUAUAAAUGGCAGGAGCCUGUAAACUGCUGCUGUGAUCCUUAAAACACACUUGUGAAACAGUGUGAGGCAUUUCAGUAUUUGCUAUACCUAGUUAAACAUAGCUAUCUCAUUUAGUAUGUUACCAAGUGUAUCCAAUGUCUAAAUCAAGCGAACAAAGAAAAGUGGUUUGCAAUCUACAUAUUUAAAGUUUGCUGUAAAAAAAUUAUAAUGGGUGUGGCUGAUGUAUUUUUUAAUAAUCUGUGACUGUUAACAAAAAAAGGAAAAAAAAAACAUGUUGCCCAACAUGCAAAGCAUUUAGAUUACCUCAAGAACUGAACUUAAAAUAACUUCAUAGAGAAAGACAAAUAGCUGCUACUGUACUACUGUAAUCUUGUUGGGUUUGAUAUGGGGUUGGGGUUGAAAAAAAAAGGACUUGCUAGCUUAAAAAAAAAAAAAUUCACUAACUGAUCAAUUUCACAACUCCCAGCUCAUUGUGAAGUUGAAGGUUUGCUAGCUGUGGUCAUGGCAUGCCCCCCAAGAUUAUUAUUAGAAAUGUACAAACCACAUAUGAAAAGUUCAACUCUACAUUCAUUGGGGGAAUAGUGAAAAGGACACAAAAGAAAAGGCAAAGGCACAAAGUAACUGAGCAGGUUUAACAGGGAGUGAUAUGGGUUAUUUUGGGAUUGUAUGUCUCAAUAGAAAAAUACAUUGCUGUUCCAACAGUCAAAAGUAAUAAAUAAGAAACCUAUGUGUAAAAACAAGUCUCCUACUUGUACUGAAUUGUACCAUUCUUUGACAAAGGGCUGGUGCUCAUUGUGAGUAGUUGGUCUGUGUGUAAUAGAAAUGUGAAUGUUAUUAUUGAUUGAUUUAUUGUGUUUAUAUUUGGCCAGUGUAAUCCUGCAAGUUUAAAAAUGUAGACUUGUUAUUUAUCUUACUAUCAAAGCAUGGCAUCAAGGCAUUAAAGAUUCAUAAUGCCUGCCUGGUGUUAUCAACAACACGUCUGUAUCAUCAGAAAAAAAUAACUGCGCUGGUUCCAUGAAAUCCAGAAGAAUAAAAUAAUAAUCUAUAUGAAAAAAAAAUGGCUUGAAAAAUAAGAAGUAAAAAUCCACAGGCUGUGGCCAUGUAUUAAUUAAAGAUAUUCUGUGCAGGAGGACACGUUAUU